AUCCAUUUGCUUUGUUAAUUGCUUAUAUUUCAUCCUUAAUGGCUGUUGAUUCAACUCUCCCCUCUGCAGUUGGCGCCACCGGUAGCGAGAAAGAUGCCAAACCUCUUCUUUUCAUCGAAGAGAUGACGAAGAAUGUUGAUUCGGAUCAAGAGAGGGUUUUAGGUGAGAUCUUAACUCGAAAUGGAGAGACUGAGUACCUCAAACGGUUCAACCUCAAUGGAGCUACGGAUCGGGAAACAUUCAAGUCCAAAAUCCCAGUUGUCAUUUACGAGGAUCUUCAGCCUGAGAUCCAACGUAUCGCCAAUGGUGACAAGUCCCCCAUCUUAUCUUCUCACCCCAUUUCCGAGUUUCUUACCAGUUCUGGGACUUCUGCUGGAGAAAGGAAGCUGAUGCCGACGAUUCAUGAAGAGUUGGAUCGUCGUCAACUCUUGUACAGCCUUCUCAUGCCUGUAAUGAACCUUUACGUGCCGGGAUUGGACAAAGGGAAGGGACUUUAUUUCUUGUUUAUAAAAGCUGAAACAAAGACCCCAGGAGGGCUAUUGGCACGCCCCGUUCUUACCAGCUACUACAAAAGUGAACACUUCAAGAACAGACCUUAUGAUCCCUUCAAUGUGUACACCAGCCCCAACGAGACCAUUCUUUGCCCCGACUCGAUCCAGAGCAUGUACGCCCAGAUGCUGUGCGGCUUGAUCAUGAGGGAAGAGGUCCUUCGUGUCGGUGCUGUCUUCGCUUCCGGCCUACUCAAGGCGAUUCGUUUCCUUCAAGUCAACUGGAAACAAUUUGCUCAUGACAUCGAAACUGGGACUUUAAACCCUAAAGUCACGGAUCCUUCGGUUCGAGAAUGCAUGAACAAAAUCUUGAAACCUAACCCUGAACUUGCUGCGUUCGUUACCAAGGAAUGCUCGGAGGAGAAUUGGGAGCGGAUCAUCACCAGGGUUUGGCCCAACACCAAGUACCUCGACGUGAUCGUAACCGGAGCCAUGGCUCAAUAUAUUCCUACCCUCGAAUAUUACAGUGGUGGUUUGCCCAUGGCUUGCACCAUGUACGCUUCGUCCGAGUGUUAUUUCGGUCUUAAUCUCAAGCCAAUGUGUAAACCAUCCGAGGUUUCAUACACCAUCAUGCCAAACAUGGCUUACUUCGAGUUCUUGCCUCAUGAAUCAUCCGCUCCAGAGCUGUCUCGCGACUCACCGCCGCGCCUCGUUGAUCUUGCUGUUUUACAAGUCGGCAAAGAAUACGAACUCAUCGUCACUACCUACGCCGGGUUGUGCCGUUACAGGGUCGGCGAUAUCCUCAAAGUCACCGGUUUUCACAACGCCGCUCCGCAAUUCCGUUUCAUUAGGAGAAAGAACGUAUUGUUGAGCAUUGAUUUCGACAAAACCGACGAGUCCGAGUUGCAACAGGCCAUAGAAAACGCUUUGGUUUUGCUCAAGGAAUUCAACACCAGCGUGGUUGAAUACACGAGCUACGCGGAAACCAAACAUAUACCCGGCCACUACGUCAUUUACUGGGAACUGUUGGUCAAAGACGCUGCUAAUGCCCCGACCGACCAAUUUUUGAGCCAGUGCUGCUUCGAAAUGGAGGAAUCAUUGAACGUAGUCUACCGUCAAUGCCGAGUUGCAGACUCAAUCGGUCCACUGGAGAUAAGGGUGGUGAAAAACGGCACGUUUGAGGAGUUAAUGGACUACGCAAUUUCCAGGGGAGCUUCCAUUAAUCAAUACAAAGUUCCAAGAUGUGUCAGCUUCACACCCAUCAUGGAACUUCUCGACUCAAGGGUGGUUUCAAAGCAUUUCAGUCCAGCUUUACCACACUGGAAACCUGAACGGCGUCGUUGAGCGCACUUGGCAUGAUGCCAUCAACGCUUUAAUUAGUCUUGGAGAAAAAAAGAAUAAAAGUUGAAGAAAUAAUCAGCCUUGCUACCAAAAAAAAAAAACAGCAGCAUCUUUUCAACAAAAGGCAAAAAAAAAAAAUCAGAUAGACAAG